AUGUCGGCGGGCGGGCCUCCGCUGACUGGAGGCGCCGCCAUUCUUGCUCGCCUCAGGGCGCAGAGAGCUGCUUCCUCGAAAAAGACCAGUGCACAAAAGCCUGCAGUCCGGGAGGCCGUCAUCGCGUUCGCGUCACAGACUGGCACAGCGCAAGACAUAGCUUGCGCCAUUGCUUCGGAAUCCAAGAGCCAUGGCAUUGCGUCAAAGGUCUUGUCGCUUAAUGAGUUGGGGUUUGAGAACGUUUCAGCCGCAAAGACUUCCGUCAUUGUGUUAGUUGCGUCGAGCACUGGUGACGGUGACCCGCCGGACAACGCCUCGGCAUUUUUUCGGCAGCUGCAGAAGGCCCAAAGCCCUGAACAAUUGAAAGGCAUCCAAUUCACCUGCCUUGGCCUGGGGGACUCAAAUUACACCAGCUUCAUGCAUGUGCCUCGGACGCUCUGCCGAAAAUUCAGGGAGUUGGGGGCAGAAUGCUUCCACGGAUGCCAGGAGGCCGAUGAGGUGGAAGGCCUUGAAGAGAUUGCUGAAGAUUGGGUUGAGCGACUCUGGGCCCCACUGAAGAAUGCGGUCGCUGGUGGCACAGUCCACAAGGUAUCUCCUGAACAGGAGAAAACAGAUGGCAAGGUGUCCACACAGCAGGCCUUCUCGCAGGCCACAUCAGCAAGCAAUGCAGGGGUUUCUCUGGGGCCGCAAAGCACAGACUCUUUGGCAUCAAUAUCUGAUUUGUGCAUCAGCAGCGACGUUGACUUGCAGGGGGUUCCAGCCUGUCCUGAAUGUCGGGUGAAAUUGGUUUGGGAAGAGGAUUCGAAUGCUGCCGACGUUGUAUUGCUAAGGGAAAAAUCGUGGCCAAGUCAACAGGAAAUGGAGCACAGGGAUCCCAAAGGAUUGUACAAUGCUGAGAAUCCGUUCCUCGGAAAGGUGCUUGAAGUAAGGCGAUUGACUGCUGGGUGGUCUGACAAGCGUGUGCUUCAUGUUGAGGUGGACCUGACUGGAAGCGCAGUUGUUUACAGACCUGGGGAUUCCAUGGGGGUGGCACCUGCUAAUGACCCUUGCCUUGUGAAUGACAUCCUUGGAGCUCUGGGCAUUGACGGUGCCCGUGUGUUUUCAGUGGUGCCCAGGCAGGAAAGCAGCAAUCAAGUGCUCCUUCCUCACCUGCACUGGCCCUGCAGUGUGCAGCAUGCCCUGGCAUCUGCGUGUGACAUCACCUCUGUCCCCCGGAAGACGUUGCUGCGGCUGCUGGCAGAGCACUGUUCAGAUGAAAUAGAGAAGAGAAAACUUCUGUACCUGUGCAGUCGAAGUGGACGGGAUGCAUACAGGAAGGUUGUGGUAGAAGGCAAUUCUUCCGUUGUGCAGAUAUUGCGAAGCUGUCCAUCUUGUAAACCUCCUCUGGAUGCCCUUCUCGACAUACUGCCUCCUUUGGCACCACGUUUGUACUCGAUAUCUUCGUCUCAACUGGAAAAGGGAGACAAAGCGCAGUUUGCCUUCACAGUUGUUACUCUGCAAACACCUUGGGGCACAAAGAAUGGAGUUGCAACACACUGGAUGGACCGGCUGCUCAGCCCCGCUCUAUCAGCCGCCUCCAAUUCUGGGAAGCCGCAAGCUGUCUUACCAGUUUUCUUGAGGUCAGGGGGUGCCUUUCAUGUUCCCGAUACUCUGGAGAAGCCAUGGAUAAUGAUUGGACCGGGCACUGGAGUGACACCUUUCCUGGGCUUCCUGCAGGAAAGACGGGCAAGACGUCAGGCGGGUGGGGAGCAAAGCGCCCCUUGUUGGCUCUUUUUUGGAUGUCGACAACCCACAGAGGACUUUUUGUAUGAGGAUGAGUUGAAGGACUUCCUGGAGGAGAAGACUCUGAAUCGACUCGAGGUGGCAUUUUCAAGACAUGGGAGCUCCAAAGUGUAUGUUCAGCACAGGAUCAAGGAAUUUGCAGACGAAGUAUUUGACAUGGCAAUUACGCAGGCGGGGUAUGUUUUUGUUUGUGGCGAUGGCGCCUCGAUGGCAAAGGACGUACACGACUGUUUAUUGGCCAUCUUGCAGAGUGCUGGCAGACUGACGGGCCAGGAAGCGGUUACGAAGCUGGCAGAAAUGAGCAAGGAGCGGCGCUAUGUGAGGGACAUCUGGUCUUAG